AUGGUUUUUAAGUGUCAAGAAGAUAGCUUUCUACGGCAAUUCACAACCACAGUCGUGUCAUGCGAAGAAGCAAAGUUAAAACUUCCGUCCAAUGGCGAUGCAGAACCCGUCGAACUAGAGGGCUUUAAUGUCGUAUGUGAGGAUACCAUACUCUUCCCCGAGGGUGGUGGUCAACCCUGUGAUUAUGGCACCAUUAAUGGCUUUCCAGUACGUAGUGUUAUACGUAAAGGAAAGGAAGCGGUUCAUUUUGUUGAGACAUUUAAAGCUUUUGAAGUUGGCACGGAAGUCUUGCAAAUUGUUGAUUGGGAAAGACGUUUGGAUCAUAUGCAACAACAUUCUGGUCAACAUUUGAUUACGGAAUUGUUUGAUAAGGAAUUUAACUAUGAUACCACUUCGUGGUGGUUGGGUAGUGAGACAUCCUACAUUGAAUUGAAUACCAAACAUGUUAUCACCCGUGAAUCGUUGGAUGUUAUUGAGAAUAUGGCAAACGAUAUCAUAAGAGAGGGUAGACCGGUCAGUGUGGCUUUGAUCGAUGAGAAGGCAUUGCAUCAGAUGCAGGGUUUAAGAGCCCCCAGAGGUCUGCCCAAAGACGUAGAAGGCCCAGUGCGAGUUAUUCGCAUUGAAGGUCAGCGUGAUAACAUGUGCUGUGGCACCCAUGUCAACAAUCUAUCCCAAUUACAAUGUGUUAAAUUGUUGUAUGAGGAGAAGAACAAGAACAGUGUCUAUGUACAUUUCGUGGUUGGUCAACGUGUACCAAAAACAUUGGGAAAAUGUUUUGCCAGAGAGCAGCAAGUUACCUUGGCCUUAAAAGGUGGCCCAUUGCAACAUGUCGAACUUAUACAAAAACUACAGAAUAACCUUAAGGCAACAAAGAAAUCAUUUCAGAAACUUCUGCGAGAUUUGGCAAUUAUGGAAGCUGAAAAAUUAGAAUCACUACCGAAACCAUUGCCUAAAUACUAUAGUCUGCAUAAAAAAGAUGGAAUUGAACCCGACUUCAUUAAUACAUUUUUGAGAAAUGUAUCUGUCGACGGAAUAUCAUUAUUUUUCCUUACCGUUUCGGAACCAAGCGUGGGACGCCAACCCGGUAAAGGUCAUAUGGUAUUAAAGGGUGAUCCAGAGCUAGUCGAAGAAUUUGGCCCCAAAUUCAUGGAAAUAUUAGAUGGUAAAGGUAAUGGAAAAGAGGGCAUGUUCCAAGGAAAAAUUAAUGAUAGUGAUAAAAUACGUUUAUGUGAAACACUACUUGAGAAUCAUUUUAACCCACAACCAACAAAUACCGAAGUUAAAAAGGAACCAGCUCAAGGUUCAUAA